UCUUGGAAUAAACACUCUAAAAAUCCAUUUGGUUUUGUCUAGGACUGACCUUUUAGGACAGGUACUGAGGCAUGACCACACACACACACACACGCUAGACGUCCCCUAAUUUUAUUUCCAUCUCCUGUUGAAAGGCCUGCAUUGUCUGUAAGCACGUACACCAGCUCUCUCAUUUGCUCCCGUCUCUACACCUGCUGGUCCCAGGGGAGCAGAUUGACAGAUAAGAUGUAGGUGAACUAUAUAUAAGAGCAGCGCACAGUAGUUUGGGAGGCUGAUGAGUAAUCUCUGCCUAAAUUGUCUUCUGUGAUCAACUACCGCUCAGGCUGUUCCUUUUAGCUUUGCAGGUUUUCUCAAACUACACAAGCCAAUGUGUAAAGGGCUUUCCUCCUUGCCUUCAUCAUGCUUGGAGAAGGCAAAGGAGAUGCGGGUGAAGCUAAGCCAUCUGGCUGAAACGCACCACAAGCAAAAGGGCCAGGAUGGAAAAGCUCUUCAGGACCUGGAAACUCUGCUUAACAGCAAAGGCGGUCGGCAGGCGUUUCGUGACUUCCUGCGCUCAGAGUUUAGUGAGGAGAACCUUGAGUUCUGGCUGGCCUGUGAGGACUACAGGGUUGCUUCCUUAAACAUGCAGAAGACCAAGUCAAGCAGCAUCUACAGCCAGUUUAUCAACCCUGAUGCUCCACAGGAGGUCAACUUGGACGCUGAAACCCGAGAGGCUCUGUUGAGUGUGAGUGACUUUCCAUCCGCCGACACAUUCAACGAUGCUCAGCAGAGAAUCUACAACCUGAUGGCCAAAGACUCCUUCCCGAGGUUCCUGCGCUCCCCUCAGUGCAUGGAGGCCAUCAAAGCUCUCUGAACACACUGUUCAUCCCUACAGGCUUGCUUUAGAAAUAGGUGCCGAUGAAUCUGUGCUACUAUUUUAGGUCGAUAGUAUUUCACCAUUUAGUUUAUCCAAUAGCUAGUUCUGUGAUGGUUUUCCAUAUGGAAGUACUGUCCCUAUGCAUGCUGUUGUGAAGCACCGCAUAGAAACCUCAAUGGGAAGCUCACGUAUAGACGUAACUACGCACCAGGGGACUGCAUAAGCUACAAGUGACAUCCAAGCAGGAUUUAAAUAAAUUAAAUACCUUAUAAAAGACAACUUGUGUUACUUUAUUUUCAUUCA